AUGGCGGACAUGACUACUGAGCACAAGUCUUCGAUUGAGAAGAACGGCGACGAUGUGGCAGAGGUGUUGCACUACGACGCGCACCCCUCCGCGGAGGAAAUGGCAGAGGCCAUUGCCGCAGCAAAGCUCUCCGCGCUGAGUCGCCCUCUGCUGAAAUUGUACUGCUUCUGCGCGAUUGCGUUUCUGUGCUCGACGAUGAAUGGCUACGAUGGCUCCAUCUUUGGGUCACUGCCGGCCAUGGAAUCCUUCCGUGACCGAUUUGGCGUGGGCAAGACCGGACCCAAGCUCGGGUACAUCUCCGCCAUGUAUACGGUCGGCACAGUCGUGUCGCUGCCGUUCACCGGACCGGCAUGCGACUUCAGGGGUCGCCGCGCGGGCAUUCUGAUUGGCAGCAUCAUCGUCGUCCUCAGCACCGUUCUCUCUGCCCUGGCCACGAAUACAUCCGCCUUUGUCGCGGGUCGCUUUUUCCUGGGCUUCGGCGUGAGCAUCGUCCGCUGCGCGAGCUCCAUCUGGUGCGCGGAAAUCAGCCCGCCCGCAUACCGCGGUGUCCUGACGGCCUUUUACAAUUGCACCUAUGCCGUCGGCGCGCUCAUGGCCGCCGGUGUCACGCGCGGCUCCGUGCACUAUGCCGGCGACGCGCAGUGGCGCAUCCCCGUGUGGUGCCAGCUCAUCUGCCCUGCCAUUGUCGCCGUUUUUGUCAUGUUCUUUCCCGAGUCGCCCCGAUGGCUCUUUGCCCACCACCGCGAGAAGGAGAGUCUCGAGUUCCUGACUACAUACCACGGUGACGGCAACCCGCACCACACGCUGGUUCGGAUGCAGAUUGAGGAGUACAGACAGGUCAUCUCGCUCAAUGGCUCGGACAAGAACUGGUGGGACUACAGCGACCUGUACAAGACCCGUGCGGCGCGAUGGCGCAUGCUCAAUGCCCUCAUCCCGUCGGUAUGGGGCCAGUGCUCCGGCAACGCUGUCGUGAGCUACUACUUGCCCGCCAUGCUCAUGACAACCGGCAUGACGCGCUCCGAACAGAUCCUCAAUAUCAACCUCGGAUACACUGCAAUCUCUGCUGUCGCCUCCUACGUGGGUGCCAGCCUGAUUGAGAAGAUGGGCCGUCGCCCGACCAGCAUCUGGACGUCUGUAGCGUGCUCCCUGUGCUUCGCGGGCAUCACGGCCGGCACGGGCAUCUAUGCCGCGACCAAGGCACACAGUGCAGCUUCCGCAGGCAUUGCUUUCAUCUUCAUCUUCGGCUGGUGCUACAAUUUUGGCAUGACGCCGCUGCAGGCCCUGUACCCUGUCGAAUGCCUGUCGUACGAGCAACGCGGCAAGGGCCUGGCUUUUGUAUUUGCCUUUGUGCACUGCCUUGCCUUCGUUAACCAGUUCUGCUUCCCAAUUUCCCUGCAAAACAUUGGCUGGAAAACGUACAUUGUAUUUAUCGCGUGGGAUCUCAUACAGGCAACUAUUAGCUACCUCUUUUCGGUGGAGACUAAGGGACGGUCGCUGGAGGAGAUGACUGAGAUUUUCGAAGCUCCCAAUCCUGUGAAGGCUUCGUUGCGAAAGAUCAAGCCUGCGUCGGAUGUAUAA